AUGAACUCCAGGAACAUGUUCCUAGGCUUUGCUGGCCUCGUCACAGCCGUAGCCGCCUGGUCGAUCUGGGGUGGCGACAUGUUUCCCCAACAGCCCGAUCCCAAAGGCGAACCAGAGACGUGGAGCGAGGAGGAUGUGAAGCGGUGGCUGAACGCUAGAGGUCUAAUGGCAGGAAGCACAGCCACGAGAGAAGAGCUGUUGGCUAGAGUCAAAGCCAACCUGCGUGCGCCACGAGCGUGA